UUGAAGUACCCACCUAACUUCACCUUACUCACUUCACUCCGCAGCACCCGCUCUACUCCAUCAACUUACCCACCAAUUCAUUGCUUUACAUAUAAGAAGGAAAUCUACCUUUUUCAGGCCCUUACACUGCAAGCAAUCCUUCCAAUCUUUUGCUACUUGCCAACAAGUUUGAUGGCUGCCUUUGUACGAACAUUUAAAACGGAAGUUGUCUUCAUCGAAUAUCUCAUGCUUUCUUUUGGAGCAUUACCAAGUGUGAUAGAUCCUCUUAUCACGAUUUAUUUUGUUCCAUCCUACAGAAAAUGGCUUACGGAAAAGUACCACAAACGCUCAAUUCUAACUAAAGUACUAAGGCUAAGCACGAUCAAAAAUCCACAGAAUCCUGUACUCAAAGUUAGAGUGAUCAACGCACCCGCUACAAUCGCCCAACAUUAG